AAUAGUGCAAGGAAGUACUCAAGUUAAAAAAGACUUUCACAUUGAUUAUAAUAAACCAGACUAUAAUAUUUUACAUUCAAGUAAUACGAAUGAUAAUUCACACAGAAGACCAAACAUAAAAAUCAUCAAAUGGUUUUCAAUGAAGCACUGUCGCGGAUAGAUUUUAUGAUGACAUCACCGUGAUUACACCCUUUUCCUAAUAAACCUCGAGGUGCGCUAACAAAGACUGAAACCGGCCGCAGAAAUUCGAUUUUACAACACACAGAACCACAUUUAAAAGAUAUCUCAUCAACAAACAAACUACUAUGGCUUACAGAUCACGUUCAAACGACUCAUCGAGCCGAUCAGAUAGACGAGGAGGGUAUGGUGGUGGUGGCCCAAGAUAUGGUGGAAAUAGUGGUGGGAAUCGUUAUGGAGGACCUCCACAAGGCUUUGGAGGAAAGAAAUUCAAAGAUGAUCAACCUGGUGGCAGUUUGAAGAAGCCUAAUUGGUCAUCAACAGAACUGCAGCCAUUUGAGAAAAACUUUUACAGAGAAGAUCCACGUGUUGCAAACAGAACCGAGGCGGAAAUGCACCACUUUUAUACAGAGAAAGGAAUAACUUUUGAAGGAAAUCCAAGAAAGCCAAUUUUUACCUUUGAUGAAGCAAAUUUACCAGACUAUGUAAUGCAACAGAUAAGGAAGCAAGGAUGGACUAAUCCCACAGCUAUCCAGUCCAUGGGCUGGCCAUGUGCCCUCAGUGGACGUAAUCUUGUAGGCAUUGCUCAGACAGGUUCUGGAAAAACAUUAUCUUUCAUCCUGCCUGCAGUUGUACACAUCAACCACCAGCCAUUCCUCCAGAGAGGAGAUGGUCCAAUCUGUUUAGUGUUGGUCCCUACACGUGAGCUUGCCCAGCAGGUACAAGAAGUAGCCAAUCAGUUUGGUUCAUCAUCCAGAGUGAGAAACUGUUGUGUGUAUGGUGGAGCAUCCAAGUAUCCACAGCUCAGAGACCUUGAAAGAGGAGCUGAGAUUUGUAUAGCUACACCAGGACGUCUCAUAGACUUCCUUGAGGCAGGAAAGACGAACCUGAAGAGAACCACAUACCUUGUGCUGGAUGAGGCAGACAGAAUGUUGGACAUGGGCUUUGAACCACAGAUUAGGAAGAUCAUUGAACAAGUCAGACCUGACCGCCAAGUUCUUAUGUGGAGUGCCACAUGGCCAAAAGAGGUAAGGCAGCUAGCUGAGGAGUUCCUAGGGGAGUACACACAGGUGAACAUUGGAGCUCUAGGACUACAUGCCAACCACAACAUCUUACAAAUAGUAGAUGUUUGCGCAGAGCACGAGAAAGACAUGAAGCUGGCAAAACUUUUAGAAGAAAUCAUGGGAGAGACAGAGAACAAGACACUUAUAUUCACAGAGACUAAGCGUAAAGCAGAUGAGCUAACUAGGAAGAUGAGGCGGGAUGGCUGGCCUGCUAUGGCAAUACAUGGAGAUAAAUCUCAACAAGAGAGAGACUGGGUCCUAGGGGAGUUCAAAUCAGGAAAAGCCCCGAUAAUGGUAGCCACUGAUGUUGCUUCAAGAGGAUUAGAUGUUGAUGACAUUAAGUUUGUCAUAAACUAUGACUACCCUAACAGCAGUGAAGACUAUGUACAUCGUAUAGGACGAACUGCACGCAGCACAAAGACAGGAACAGCAUAUACAUUCUUCACAGCAGGCAAUAUGAAACAAGCACGUGAUUUAGUGAGUGUACUGAGGGAGGCAAAACAACAGAUAAACCCAAAACUUGAACAAAUGCAGAGUAUGGCAAAGGACGCCUUUGGCCGAGGUGGUAGAUGGCAAGAGGAUCUUCAUCAUAUGGGGGCUCAUCCAAUGGAAGCUCAAGAUAUUCAAAUGGGGCAGCAUCCAAUGGAACUGCAAGGAACAGUUAUGGUGGAGCCAGCAAAUUCCAAAGCAGUGGAGCAUCAAACUUUAAUAGGCCGCAGGGGGGGAUUCCGCAGCAGUGGUAGCAGUGGAGGGGGAAGGUUUGAUAGCAGGGACAGUGGCAGGUCCAGUUUCUCAAGUAGGGGGGGUGGGGGAUCGAAGUUUGAUUCAAGUUCUAGGGGAAGUGGAGGCUCACGCUUUGAUUCAAGAGGAGGGGAUUCAAGAUAUGAUUCACGUGGGGGUGGAUAUAGCAACAGAGGGAGGCCAGAUUCUAGUUCAAGGGGAAGUGGAAGUUUUCAUGGAGGGGCACGUGGGGCACCAAGCUCCAGAGGGGGUGGAGUACCAUCUAGAAGUGGAAGUAGGUUUGACCAGCAGGAUAAAUCUGGGGGUCGUGUUAGUAGGUUUUCUGGGGGUGCUUCAAACAGUGACUCCACUCCAAUCAAGCCAUCGAGUGGUGCAAGCUCUGGGGGCUCAGUUCCUAGUCUUCUCAACAUGAACACUAGUAGAGGUAGCAACUCUGCCCCUCCCACACAAAAUAAACCUGCACACAAUAAACCAACAGAUAAUGGACAGGCUGAACAACAGAAUGGUUACAGAGGAUACCAGCAGGGUGGAGCAGCUAGCCAGGGGGCCCAACCCCCUGCUCAGGGGGGUCAGGAUAUGGCCAGCAUGCAACAACAGGCAGCCUAUGCCCAGUGGUAUAACCAGUGGUACCCCCAGGGCCAGCAACAACACCAGCAACCUGUCUCGUCUACAGCUAAUCCACCUUUACCUCCAGGCCCUCCACCCUCACAGCAACCAGCCAAGUCUUACACGGGAUACCAGUACCAAUAAACAUUAAAAGGUCUGCUCUAGAGAUCAAUGACAUUGUAAAUAAAAUAUCUCUAUCUGUAACUGUUAUUCAUUUGCUAGUACUGACAGAUUUGGUAGCGGUAUCUUCUCUGAAUCCACUAAGAAGUGUGUGGACAUUGUAAAUAGAAGUGGGUCCUUGUACUAGUAUUUUAUCAUAGUAUCUUGUUCGUGUAUUUAUAAAAUCUGUGGGAUUACCUAUCUAGUUUUUGCAAUUUCUCAUUUACUACUACAUUCAAUUUCUAAUGACUUAGCCUUUAGUGUCAAGAAAAUCUGGUUUUCUCCAUAUAGUGAAAUUCAUUAUUGUAAAUAGAACUGGAUGUAAGGAUAAUAGAUAAUAAAUUUAGUAUUGUCGACUUGUACUGCUGCUGUGUCAAUCCUGAGCAUCUCUAGAUAUGAAUAUAAACAUUCCCAGUUUAAAAAUUAAAAACCAAAAGUCUAGGGCAUGAAUAAUUUUUAGUGGGAACAAUCCGCAACGCACAUUUUAAUGUAAGAGGAAAUUGAAAGGAUGUCAUUUUACAAACUGAUGCAACAAAACUUCAAUGCAUAUUUCGUUUAAAAUGAUACUCAAGUUUUGAUAGUGAAAGUUGAAAAUAUCAACAUAAGAUCUUGUAUAUGUACACAUGUAAGUUAUUUUAGUUAUAAAUAAAGUACAACUAUUGUAAUAUAAAAUAUUUAUUAUGUGGAUGUUUGUGGUGAAAUCGAAUAUUAAUUUAUAUUACUUUCCUCAAAUCACUAACCAAAAUAACUUACUUUUUCGAGCUUUCGGUAGCAGCUACUACCUUUGUCAAGAUGAUAUAUUGGCGGGAAAUGGGCUGACCCUUGACCUGGUUUGGGUUUUACUCCUGUGUAGUUGCUAGACAAGGACUAUGUUGAUGAAUUCACUGAUUUCAUCAACCAGAUUGAUCCCGAUAUCAAAUUCACCAGUGAAAGUCUUAAGGACGACAAGUUACCUUUUCUAGACACUGUUACAGAGUUAGUGAAAUGUAAGGAUAGUGCAGACAGAUUUUUAGAUAAAAGUGUGUAUCGUAAGCCAACACAUAGGGACCUUUACUUACGAUUUGAUUCUCAUCACCCCUUGACAACAAAAAGAGGUGUAGUUAGGACGUUAAACAAACGAGUCACAGAGAUAGUGUCUAACUCUACUAAGCUUAAGGAUGAGCAGGCCCAUAUCACUCGAGCUCUCUCUCGUUGUGGCUACCCAUCUUGGCUUCUAAACCAAGCACCAGCUACGCCUAGAGAUAGACCUCCUAGUGACAGUGUAGAUAGGGAAAGUGUAGUCACUUGUCACUUGGUCACAUUUGCUCCCAUUUUCACUACGGCACUUUGA